AUGGUGGCACCAAAGCCGCCGCCUGAGCUGAACAUACCAGCUUCGAAGUCGACAGUGAAAGUAUCAUGCAUAGAUAGCACAUCUCGAUUCGAAAUCCCAAUGUCGCCUUUCUUGCAGCCAGAUUACGAAGGUCAUGAUAAGCUGAUAGGGCCCUCGUUCUCAUUCCUGAUCGAGCAUCCAUCUUCGAAACCAAUUCUCUUCGACCUAGCUGUGCGCACAGACUGGGAGAAAUAUCCUUCCUACGAAAAGUGGGUGCGUCUAAAGUGGGAGAUCAAGGUCGAAAAAGACGUAGCCACGAUCUUAAAGGAGAAUGGCGUUGAUGUCGAUGGUGGGGCCAUUGGGGCCAUUGUAUGGUCGCAUCAUCAUUGGGACCAUGUGGGAAAUCCAGCAACGUUUCCUUUUUCGACGGAACUGGUGGUUGGUCCCGGCUUCAAGGAGGCUCAUCUUCCUGCAUAUCCUACCCGACAGGAUGCUACCCUUCUGGACACCGAUUUUGAGGGGCGUAACACUCGGGAGAUCAGCUUCGAAAAAGAAGGCAACGGCUUAAAGAUUGGCCGUUUCAACGCCUUCGACUACUUCGGCGAUGGCAGCUUUUACCUUCUCGACACGCCAGGCCACUCAGUCGGGCAUAUUUGCGGCCUUGCGCGAGUGUCCUCGAGUCCAGACUCAUUCGUCUUCAUGGGUGGCGACGCUUCUCAUCAUGGAGGAGAAUUCAGACCGACAGAGUACUCGCCGCUCCCUAAAGAGCUUAACCCUUCUCCUUUGAGACGCAACCAUACAAUAUGCCCCGGUCAUAUGUUGCUGGACAUGCACCCUCAUCAAAGGGCAGACAAGCCAUACUACUAUGUGACAGCAUCCUUCGCCCACGACAAGAAAAUUGCCGACUGGACGAUAGAUGGUCUAGGAGAGUUCGAUGCACAUGAGAAUAUCCUGAUGCUGAUGGCGCAUGACGAUGCCGUCGUUGAUCCUCCACAAUUUGACUUCUAUCCAAAAUCGCUCAACAGCUGGCUUAGUCAAGGCAUUGGUCAGAAGGUCAAGUGGAUGUUCUUCAGAGACUUUGAGGAUGCCAUGGAGUCCAAGGGAAAAGGUGGCCAGGCGUUUACCUGGGGCGAGUAUCCUUGA